CCUCCUCAACCCUUCGUCCUCCUCUUGUUCCUUGCCUCCCUGCACCACCACGCUCACCCUUUGCACAUCGUGCGCAAGCUCCCAUAAACCUUCAAAGACUUUUGCUGAAUGAGCUUUGCUAUCCAAACACCAAGCCGAUCGUAAACAUGCGCCUUUCUCUCCUUUUAGGAGUGAUCUUCGGUAUGUUUGCGCUGGCACUCGUUAUCCCCUGUCCACAAUCUGUCACGAAGGUUGUAAUCGAGACUCAAUCCAUCAUUGGGAGACAAAGCAAUGGCAAUGUUCCCGCAAGUCCCACCCAAACUAUUGACACAGUGGCGGCUGAGAUCAACUCUCUCCUCGCGCUUCUCACACUGCCUGCCGACGGUGCUUCACCAAUCUCUUCCCUUCCAGCGUCCGCCACAUCUGGCAAUGCCGGUUUUGAUGGCCUUAUGUUUAUGAAUGCCCUAUCGUCUUGGGUCGAAGGUCUUGCAAACUCUGCUUGGAUCACCAGCGUUCCCGUCUCGGAGUACGCCCUUUACACCUCGGAAGCCAAGAUUGCUGCCUCAAUCGCGCCUGCACUCUUCUCCCUUGGCUCUAUUGAGGUGUCAAUUCUGAAGUCCGAAGCUUUAGCAGAGUCGGCUGCUCUUUCAGCACAGUCGGCUUCACUGUCAGCACUUUCAGUACUCGAAGCAUCGCUUGCUAGCAAGCAAUUCACCUCAAUCACAACGACUAUCGGAACUGCAACAGCUAUUAUCACCAAGCCACUUCUCGUUCCACUUGACAUCCACCAGAAGAGCAAGCUUACAACAGGUCAAAAAAUUGGCCUUGGGCUCGGAAUUCCGGCAUUCCUUAUCGUGGUUGUCGCCAUCACCUUCCUGCUCAUCCAUGUCCGCCGCAAUCGCCACCGCUCUCAGCAACCCGGUUUCGUCGAACAAUUUCCCAUGUCUGAAUCCACGAGACCAAAUCUCGCACCCCGAGACGAACCUAGUGGGAGUAUACUCCGUGGUCGCUGUGGUUCCCCAUCUAACAACGCUCCUAUUGCCAUUGAUGACGACGACGAAUUCCCCCAUAGCGUAACCUCUGCCCGCCCCCGCCGGCAACGUCCUCGGAGCUACGACUCAGGAAUAGUCGUCAAUAAUACUAUCCAGCACGGGCAAUCUCAACAUCGUCGACCUCAGUCCGACAGCGGCACCCCGUCUAACUGCCACCGCUCGCCCACUCAACGUGCGCUCGAUCUGUUCGGCAUGGCAUACGGACUUGACCCAACCAAUGACCGCUCUAUUGACAUGAUCCCUACCACGCAUGGACUCGGAUCGGACCCAGUUGAAACUAAUGCUAGAGACUUCAAUAACUAUGACAACCCAGUCGAGAUGCCUGCUACCCCUGUUCCUGAACAGCAAGAAAUUCGAGAGGAGCUUUCUGGCCAAAGCACCAAGGAGUCAGGUGAAUUCACAACAGAGGGCAGCGAGGGUGGAACAGCAUUGUCUGAGGAGACAGUGAUGUCCAAGGAGGCAUCGUUGUCUGAGGAGAUACCAUUGUCUGAGGUUCAUGAGGUCAAGCACGAAGAUCUCUAUGACGCAUGA